GCGACGGCGCGGCGGCGGCGGCGGCUUGCUGGCAGGAGGCGCAAAGCGCGGCGAGGCCAUCCAUGGCCGCCCGUUAAUGGGGCUGGGAAGCUCGUGCGGGGUCGGCGCUCGGAGGCGUGGCGGGACGAAGACGACGAUGCUGCCUGGGGAGGCCGACCGGUUGCUGCUAAGCCAGCGCAGGCCAGACACGGAGCCGCGGCAGCUGCUGUAGGCGCCGCCAGGAGGGGGAAGAAGGGGACAAGCAAGCAAGAGAAGCAGCCAGCAGCCUCCACCCCCCGGCUGGGGCCGAGACGCGUCGCAUCUGGCCAGUCUGUGGCACUUUCACUGAAAAGAAGCAGAAUGGCUGCAAAGGAGAAGUUGGAAGCAGUGUUAAAUGUGGCCUUGCGGGUCCCCAGCAUCAUGCUUUUGGAUGUCUUGUACAGAUGGGAUGUCAGUUCCUUCUUCCAGCAAAUCCAAAGAAGUAGCCUCAACAACAAUCCCCUCUUCCAGUACAAGUACUUGGCUCUUAACAUGCAUUAUGUGGGUUACAUCCUAAGCGUUGUACUCCUAACCUUACCCAGACAACACCUGGUUCAACUCUACCUGUAUUUUCUAACUGCACUGUUGCUGUAUGCUGGGCAUCAGAUCUCCAGGGAUUAUGUGAGGAGUGAGUUGGAGUCUGGCUAUGAAGGGCCAAUGUACUUAGAACCUCUUUCCAUGAAUCGUUUUAUGACAGCCUUAAUAGGUCAGCUAGUGGUGUGCACCCUUUGCUCCUGCGUCAUGAAAACCAAACAGAUCUGGCUCUUCUCUGCUCACAUGCUCCCUCUGCUGGCUCGGCUUUGCCUUGUCCCUCUAGAAACUAUUGUUAUCAUCAACAAAUUUGCUAUGAUUUUUACUGGCUUGGAAGUUCUCUAUUUUUUGGCAUCUAAUCUUCUGGUACCGUAUAAUCUUGCAAAAUCUGCCUAUAGAGAACUCGUACAG